GGUGGCCCGUGGGGCAGCACGGAGGGAGGGCCCCGUGAGGCGGUGCCGUGGGGCAGGAAGCGGUGUGCUGCGGAAGCCGGCAGCCCUGGCUGAGGCUGUUCGCACGCGUUCCCGGCCAGCAGCCCCCAUGGCAGCUCCUGGCACCUUCCUUGUGCCCGUCCUCCUCUUCCUCUGUGGGCCAGGUCCCCACCGUGCUGCUGCCCACAGCCACCCAGGGGUGGAGUGUGUUCUCUUCAACGAGGAGUACAUGGUCUGCAUGUGGGGGAGCAAAGAGAUGCCCACAGUCAACUACUCCCUCUUCUACUGGUACAAGAACGCCUCUGACAAGGUGGUGGAGUGCAAGCGCUACCUGCAGGACCAGGGUGUCAGGGCCGGCUGCUACUUCGAGCAGAACGAGCUCAUCCAGUUCCAGCCUUUCCAUGUUCUCAUCAAUGCCAGCGUUGGCGGCAAGACCCUGGAGAUCCCCAGCAAGCGCAUGGAGCUGCAGGACCUGGUGAAACCAGCGGCACCUGUCAACCUGACCAUCCGCAACAUGAGCAACAAUCAGCUGCAGCUGACCUGGGCCUCCCCAUACCCCAGAGGCAAGUGCCUGGAGCAUGCUGUCAAGUACAAGAGCAACAAGGACACCAGCUGGACGGAGCUCUCAGUGAAUGGAGAUGUCUUCUCCUUACCAAGUGUGGACUAUGAGAAGUCCUACACCUUCUACGUGCGCAGCAAGAUCAACAAAUACUGUGGCAGAACCCAGUUCUGGAGCGAGUGGAGCCUUCCUGUCAUCUGGGGCAGCAACUCCACCAGCAAAGGCACGGUGGAGGAACAGCUGUACUGGUUUGGGAUCCGCGCGGUCUUGAUCCCCAUUGCCUCCUGCCUGCUCCUGCUGAUCCUUCUCAUCCUGCUGGUGCGCAUGGAAAGAGUAUGGGUCAUCCUGAUGCCCCGAAUUCCCAACCCCAGCAAGAAUUUUGAUGAGCUGUUCAUCACUCACAACGGCAAUUUCCAGGAAUGGGCUGGAGUCCCCAAGGACGUCGUGGAGAGCUUCAAGCCCAACUACAGCGAGAACAUCUGCUAUGUGACUGAGCUGCCACCCAAGGACAGCCACGAGCCCCUCUGGGACAACAGCAACCAUGCACCACCUCCAAUGCCUGGGCCCCCAGCCACCCCCAGCGAGCACAGCCCCUACCAGAACAGCUAUGGGAGACUGUGACACACUCCUGCACCCCUGCAUCCCUCAUUCUCCACAGCUUUGCUGCCCAAACCUUACUGCUCCCUGCUUCUGCCAUGCCUCUGCCGAAUGUUCUGGAUCCUGGUUUUGCUUCCUUCCAGCCUCUCCCUGCUCAGAGGUGCCCACAAGCACACCCAGGGACGUGUCCUGAUGAGUGGGCAGCUGCAGCUGAGCAGGCCAACUGAUGGGGACACACAGAAUGAUGAGUCCUAGGGGGGCCAAGUGUAGAAAAAUAAGGAAGGAUAGGCAAGAAAGAUUGUAAACCUGCUCAAGUCCCUUGCAGCUGAUGUAGAAAAACAUAUAUACCAUACCCGUUGUUGUUUAGUUUUGUGUGUUCAGUAAGUAGAAUUCUGUGUUUAGAUAACACAGGCCUGUGAUAGACUUAGUGGCACCUUAUUUAACAUGCUUUAGAUUCCUGGCCUGCUGUGGGAAAGAUCAAAUCACAGUGGUAAACCACAACGGCAGAAAUCCUUGAUAAACCGGCAAAAACAGCAGGUUUAGUGAUCCUCUAGGGUGGACCAAGAUCCACAGUGCCUGCAUCCCUGCUUCAUGUGCCUCUGCCUGGGUGCUGCUUGGGGGAUCCUCCAGUCGGUGAGGUAACGAAAAUAAAUUUCCUCUUUGGCUUUCAUCCAUGGUUGUGUGGCUGUUCCUGUGUCCUGCCCGUGCUGGCU